CUUUCAUUGUGGUGGGGCCCCUCCCGAGUCCUCACUUCGCGCUGACCGGAAGCCGAGGAGAUGGCGAGCCAGGUCAUCAAAUGCAAGGCUGCAGUUGCCUGGGAGGCUAGAAAGCCUCUCUCCAUAGAGGAGAUAGAGGUGGCACCCCCAAAGGCUCAUGAAGUUCGAAUUAAGAUUAUUGCCACUGCAGUUUGCCACACGGACGCCUAUACCCUGAGUAGGGCUGAUCCUGAAGGGAGUUUUCCAGUGAUCUUGGGACAUGAAGGUGUGGGAAUUGUGGAAAGUGUUGGUGAAGGAGUUACUAAGCUGAAGGCAGGUGAUACUGUCAUCCCACUUUACAUCCCACAGUGUGGAGAGUGCAAAUUCUGUCUAAAUCCUAAAACGAACUUUUGCCAGAAGGUAAGAGUCACUCAAGGGAAAGGAUUUAUGCCAGAUGGCACUAGCAGAUUUACUUGUAAAGGAAAGACAAUUUUACAUUACACGGGAACCAGCACAUUUUCUGAAUACACAGUUGUGGCUGAUAUCUCUGUUGCUAAAAUUGAUCCUUUAGCCCCUUUGGAUAAAGUCUGCCUUCUGGGUUGUGGCAUUUCAACUGGUUAUGGUGCUGCUGUGAACACUGCCCAGGUGGAGCCUGGCUCUACUUGUGCCGUCUUUGGCCUGGGAGGAGUUGGAUUGGCAGUUAUCAUGGGCUGUAAGGUGGCUGGUGCAUCCCGGAUCAUUGGUGUGGACAUCAAUAAAGAUAAAUUCACAAGGGCUAAGGAGUUCGGGGCCUCUGAGUAUACUAACCCCCAGGACUUCAGUAAACCUAUCCAGGAAGUGCUCGUUGAGAUGACUGAUGGGGGAGUGGACUGUUCCUUUGAGUGUAUUGGUAACCUGAAAGUCAUGAGAGCAGCGCUGGAGGCCUGCCACAAAGGCUGGGGUGUCAGCGUGGUGGUUGGAGUAGCUGCCUCAGGUGAAGAAGUUACCACUCGUCCAUUCCUGCUGGUAACAGGCUGCACGUGGAAAGGCACUGCCUUUGGAGGAUGGAAGAGUGUAGAACGCGUCCCAAAGUUGGUGUCCGAAUAUAUGUCCAAAAAAAUAAAGAUUGAUGAAUUUGUGACUCACAAUUUGCCUUUUGACCAAAUUAACGAAGCCUUUGAACUGAUGCAUGCAGGAAAGAGCAUCCGAACUGUUGUAAAGCUUUAAAUUCAAAAAAGAAAAAUUCUUCCAUCCUUGUAACUAAG